AUGGUAAUUGAAAAAUUUCUCUUUCCGGCACCAAAUCCAUCUCAUUAUACAUUGACAUCGCAUAAAGAACAUCUUUUUUGGCUUCCAUCUGAUUCAAAUUCAACUAAAAUACCGUCAAUUCCAUGUAUGCUUUACUCAUCAUCACGUGAAGUUCAUUUUUUCAUUAUUUGGUGCCAUGGGAAUGGUUGUGAUAUUGGCAGCAUGGAUAUGACAUUGACAUUAUUGAGUCGACGACUUCGUGCACAUGUACUCAUCUUUGAAUAUCCUGCCUAUGGUUUAUUGAAAGGAAUAACAUCAUCACCAACCCAAGCAUCAAUAAAUAAUCAUGCCCAACAUGCCUAUUCGUUCGUUCGUGAUACGCUCAAAUGGCCAACGAAUCGUAUAAUUAUCUAUGGACAUUCAAUAGGGUCUGGUGCUGCAUGUCAUCUUGCCUCAAGUCAACCAGUCGGUGCACUCAUUCUUCAAUCUGCAUAUACAUCGAUCAACAAUUUACUUCGAGAAAAAAUUGGCAUAUUAUCAUUCAUGGUCACCAAUUCAUUUUGGGAUAAUUAUGAAGCAAUGAAACAUAUUACAUGUCCAAUAUUAUUCAUUCAUGGACAACGUGAUAUGUUAAUUCCUUCACAUCAUUCUCAAAGAUUGUUCGAUUCAUUGAAUCUUAUUGAUAAGAAACAACUUAUCUUGUUACCGAACGACGAUCACAAUUCGAUAUCCGAUUCGACGAUUCUGAUACAUGUGGAAUCGUUUCUCAAUCAGUAUCUUCAACCGGCAACAGAACCAUUACCUCGAAUAGAAAUUGAUCCAGUUUUACGUGAACCGUCACCAAUCAAUCUGAACUCAAAAUCCAGUCUUUUCUCGUCUCUAUUCUGCAGGUCAAACAAUGCUACUAGAUCAACGCUAACUUCAUUCAGUGCAAAAUGCAGCGAUGAAUAA